AUGGGUGCAUGUUGUAGUUGUAUGAGGGAUACUUCCUCAGCAGGUUCUGCCACAGGUGGUUCUGCUAAUGGGAUAAAUUCUCAAGAUGACUCUUCAAUUUUACCGAUUGCUGAUAAUGAAAGAGAAGCAGUUACUUCUUUAUUAGGUUAUUUAGAAGAUAAAGAUAAUUUAGAUUUCUAUUCUGGUGGUCCAUUAAAAGCAUUGACUACUUUAGUAUAUUCAGAUAAUUUAAAUUUACAAAGAAGUGCAGCUUUAGCAUUUGCUGAAAUUACAGAAAAGUAUGUGAAACCUGUAUCACGGGAUGUGUUGGAACCAAUAUUAAUUUUAUUACAAAGCAACGAUCCUCAAAUUCAAAUAGCUGCAUGUGCUGCAUUAGGUAACCUUGCAGUGAAUAAUGAUAAUAAAUUAUUAAUAGUGGAAAUGGGUGGUCUUGAACCUUUAAUUCAUGAAAUGAUGGGUAAUAAUGUUGAAGUUCAAUGUAAUGCCGUUGGCUGCAUUACAAAUCUGGCUACACGUGAUGAUAAUAAACAUAAGAUUGCAACUUCCGGUGCAUUAGUUCCGUUGACAAGAUUAGCUAAAUCUAAACAUAUUAGGGUUCAAAGGAAUGCUACAGGGGCAUUAUUAAAUAUGACCCAUUCUCAUGAAAAUAGAAAAGAAUUGGUUAAUGCAGGUGCAGUACCUGUCCUAGUAUCAUUAUUAUCAUCUGCUGAUCCAGAUGUACAAUACUAUUGUACUACAGCUUUAUCUAAUAUUGCUGUUGAUGAAGAAAAUAGAGAAAAAUUAUCGCAAACUGAACCUCGUUUAGUCUCAAAAUUAGUUGCUUUAAUGGAUUCAACUUCUUCUCGUGUAAAAUGUCAAGCUACUUUAGCUCUUAGAAAUUUAGCUUCGGAUCCAAGUUAUCAAUUAGAAAUUGUUAGAGCUGGUGGAUUACCACAUUUAGUGAAAUUGAUUCAAAGUGAUUCUAUACCUUUGAUUUUGGCUAGUGUUGCGUGUAUUAGAAACAUAUCUAUUCAUCCAUUAAAUGAAGGGUUGAUUGUUGAUGCUGGUUUCUUAAAGCCGCUUGUGAAACUAUUAGACUAUAGAGACUCAGAAGAAAUUCAAUGUCAUGCUGUAUCUACUUUAAGAAACUUGGCUGCUUCAUCAGAAAAGAAUAGAAAGGAAUUCUUUGAGAGUGGUGCUAUUGAAAAAUGUAAAGAACUUGCUUUAAGUUCUCCAAUAAGUGUUCAAAGUGAAAUUUCUGCAUGCUUCGCCAUAUUGGCUUUAGCAGAUAUUUCUAAAUUAGAUCUUUUAAAUGCUAAUAUCUUAGAUGCUUUAAUUCCUAUGACAUUUUCUCAAAAUCAAGAAGUUUCUGGUAAUUCUGCUGCCGCUUUAGCAAAUCUAUGUUCAAGAAUCAAUAAUUAUAAUAAGAUAAUUGAUUAUUGGAAUGAACCAAAAGGUGGUAUACGUGAUUUCUUAUCUAGAUUCCUAAAGAGUGAUUAUGCUACAUUUGAACAUAUUGCAUUAUGGACAAUUUUACAAUUAUUAGAAAGUCACAAUGUGAAAGUUGUUGAUUUAGUGAAGAAUGAUGAACAACUAAUAGCUGGCGUUAAAAGAAUGGCAGAUAUAACUUCAGAGAGAGUACAAAAAUCAGGAAUUAAUAUUAAUGGCAAUGAUGAAAACACCAAUAAUAAUAAUAAUAAUAAUUCUACUGGACAACAUGGUGAUGGAGAUUCGCGGAAUUCGGAACCUGUUGAAGAUGCAAGUUUGGAACUAUACAACAUAACGCAACAAAUCUUGGAAUUCUUAAAAUAA